AUGGAACAUUUACUGUCGGUACUAUACUACAAUGGAAAAUUUGUAGAUAGAUGCUUAUACACAGAUUAUCAAGUAGCAGCCUAUGAACAUGAAGAACCAUAUAUACAAGAGACUGAUCCAAUUCCUACAUGGACAGAUUAUGCACUCUCAGUAGCUAAUUACAUCACAGAAAGAACUAUAGAAGCUACCAACUCAAGCUGGGAAAACAAAACAAACAUCGUCAAUGAUCCAAGGAUUGACACAAUAAGAGUUGGGCAAAUUUUCCAAGACAAGGAAACAGUAAAGCUUGCGAUGAGCCUAUAUGCAAUCAAAAUGAAUGAACAACACAGGGUAAAAAGAUCAUCAACAAAGGACUACAGCUUAGUGUGUGUUGAUAAAAAUUGUAAAUGGUACUUCUUGGCAACAAAACAUAGAAAAACAAAUCUCUUCAAAGUCAGAAAACUUGUGGAGGAUCAUACAUGCUCAAUAGAAUGCAUCCAUGACAAUCACCCCCAAGAAACAAGUAACAUAAUAGCUGACUGCAUCAAAAGAAAAAUUAGCAAUCCAAAAAGAAACUACAGGCCAAAUGAGAUUGUUGAUGAUGUAGCAGAAGACUAUAGUGUCUCAAUUUCUUACCAAAAAGCUUGGAGAGCAAAAGAGAAGGCUUCCGAAAAAGUAAUAGGCUGCACACAUGAUUCAUACAAUGAAAUACCAGGGAUUCUAUACAUGAUCAAAAAAUGUAAGCCAGGAACAGUAACAGACUUAGUCCAACAUGACAAUGGGCAUUUUAAGUACCUAUUCUUUGCAUUAGGAGUCUCAAAAGAAGGCUGGAAACACUGCACACCUCUAAUUGUGGUUGAUGCAACUUUCCAUAAGAAUGCAAAUGGAGGAACAUUGAUAAUUGCUAGUGCACAAGAUGUCGACAGACACAUAUUCCCACUAGCUUUUUCAGUUGUUGAUUUUGAAAAUGAUGCAUCAUGGCAAUACUUCAUGGAAAAGCUCAAAGAAUCAUAUGGGGAGCGUGAAGACCAAUGCAUAAUUUUUGACAGACACGAAAGUAUAGCAAAAGCAAUGAAAUCAGUAUUCCCUAACUUGAUGCAUGGGAAAGGAGGAGAUGAUCUAAGAGAUGCAUUCUACUAUGCAGCAAAAGCAUACAAUCAAACUGACUUCGAUUAUUGCAUGAGGGACUUAGACAACAUUGAUAGUCGAAUUCGUCCUUACCUGACAAAUAAAGUUGGCCUAGAAAAAUGGACAAGGCUUUACAGCUCAAAUAAACGCUACUCAACAUUAACCUCCAAUAUAGCAGAGUCUGUGAACUCAGCAUUGAAAGAAAUCAGAGAGCUACCGAUUGGAACACUGCUCGAAUGUCUACGUUGCUUGGUUCAAAAAUGGUCAUGGGAAAACAAAAAUAGAGCUUUGUCCACAUUCACAACAUUAGCAAAAAUACCAGAAAAGAUACUAAAGGAUAAACUGGAACUCAGUAAGAAACUAAAGGUGCAAACAUCCAAUAUUGUCAUAUACACAAUAAAAGAACUGUGA